UAUUAUUUUCUCACACACCGUUCAUCAUUUACAAAAACAAAUAUAAUCAUGUCUGUUUACCAAAAAACUGUUUCACAUGCUCCAGCUUCUUUAGAUAAAAACAAUAACACAGUUGAAGAUGAUGAUUGGGAAACUGAUGCUGAUUAUGUAAAUGAUAUCCCAGAAAAAGAUACCAGAUGGGGCAGUAAAAUUAUUGUAAAAGAUAAUGAUGCAAAUAAACCAAUGGACGAAAUUAGAAAUAACGCUUUCCAAAAACACGAUGAUAUUGUUCAAAAAGAAUACGAAGAUAAAAAGAUUUUAUAUGGAGGUGAAAGAGCUGCCAAAUCACAAAAAGAUUAAAUUUCAAAUAUUUAAAUAUACCCUAACAACCACACAAACUAUUUAAUAAAAACUAAAUUUGUAAUUUUAUAAUUU